AUGCUUCUGUUUGUGGUUGUAGCUGGUGCGGGUGUGGUGGUUGCUCGGCCGCAGGUGGAGCUGGUGCCCCUUCUGGUGCAAGUGGUCGACAUAGGUCUCUCGAAGGCUGCCCUGGUGGUCAUUGGCCUGUGGGCCCCGUCGCGGCCCAACAGGAUCUACUGGGUCUACACGCGGUGGUCGCUGCUCCAGCUGGUGGUCACCAUCGUGGGGCAGGUGGCCGGCCUGCAGGGACACUGGGACAACCUGCCUGUCGUCUCCACCGCCCUGUGCUUCGUGCUCACCAUCACCUGCACCUUCAUCAAGGCGGUCAUCUUCGUGACACAGCGGCCUCGGGUGGACGCUCUGAUGGCGCACCUGGAGUACAACAUGGCCAUGUUUUGCUCGUUCAUGCCGCGCGUCAAGGACGCCAUAUUGCGCAGCUGCAGACUGCGCGUGCUGUUCAUGUUCACGUCGUUCAUGGGCAUCGGUGGCAUCACGCUGCUCUCCUUCUACACGGGGCCCAUCGUGCAGAACUUCAAGGACGCCAAGCUUCUCGCCGAUGGGGCAAGUAAUGUGACCAUGAGGCCGCACAUGGGCCGCAACUUGCCGAUGCUGAUGUGGUGGUACAACGGGCAGCCGGAGCAGACGCCCUACUACCAGCUCACGUACGUGCUCAUGUGCUACUGGCUGAUGCUCAUCUACCUGGCGUGCGACGUGCAGGACGCCUUCUACGUGACGCUCAUCAUCUACCUGUCGGCGCAGCUGACCAUGCUCAACGCCGCGCUGACCAACGCUCUGCACACGGGGGAUGGCGAGGACGACCACACUUCUGAGAGGAGGCAGCUUCCAUUCAGAGGCUGGCGUGGUGACGCCGAGAGCGUCGUGCUGGCGAAGCGCAGUGCCCGUGACAGGCUUGUCGAAUGCAUUCGGUUCCACCAGGAAAUUAUAAAGUUCCGUAACGCUCUUCAGUCAAACACAUACACUUGUUAA